AUGACCUGUGGGAGCAUCAUGGUCAACUUCUCCACAGCUCUCUUUGAAACUUCAGGAGCGCUGUCUUACACGUCCCAAGAAGAACUGUGGUACCUCAUGAAAGGAAAAACAAGACAAGCGAUGGGAGAACAGGGUACUAGCAGACUAAGCUGUGGCUCAAUCAGACAUCUUCAGUUAGCGGUAAAUGCAAAUCCCUUUGAUAAGAGGACCCUGAUGUUUAUCCACACACUUUCUGAAAGUUGGGUUCAGGGAUUCUCAAAGAAGAACUUUGGCUUUAUCAACAAUCAAACUGUCUGCUACCCUUGUGGCAAUUACAUCCUCUUCCUGGACAUUGAAACAAAGAAGACGACAAUGCUGCAGUGUCAGACUGGCCGGGUGGGAGCCUUUGCAGCGAAUGGGAACAGUCAAGUGCUGGCCUUUUCAGACCAGAAGCUGAAUCCCAUCAUAUAUAUCUACACUUUUCCAGAACUGAAUAAACUGACAGAAUUAAAAGGUAGUGCUCAGCUGGACUACACCUUACUUGCGUUUAGUUUCACAGGCCCUUAUCUAGCCAGUUACUCUUCAAUCCCAGAAUUUGUUCUUUCAGUAUGGAACUGGCAAGAAAAUAUCCUCCUGUGCAGUGCGUCUCAGCCAGGGGUAACAGCAACCUCUUUAAGUUUUAACCCUAUGAAUUGGCAACAACUGUGUUUUGUUAAUGAGAGCUCCGUUACUGUCUGGCAUAUUGAAAGGAAUAAUGACGAGCAUCACCUUACGCGAAACCCUGUGAAACUCCCUGAUGGACAAGGGUCCGUGAGUUCUCGUAAGGAUUUGUUUUUCCCAGUUUCUCGUAGUGAAGAUCCGUACCAUGGCCCUGAUUUGCCAGUUUCAGCCAUUGCUGGACUGGUAGGAGAUGAAGCAGAAACAUUCGUGCCUAGCAAUUAUAUUAAGCCUUCAGUGCAUCCUACUGCCCACUGCUGGACUGCAACCUCAGAAAUUUACGUGGGCUGUAAAGAAGGAUAUAUUUUGGCAAUUGAUGCUGAGACACGCAGUGUUUCUGUUCUUCAACAAAAACCUCUACCUGAAUACAUGCGUAAAAUAUCGGACGUGGUGUCAUAUGUUCGUAGAGAAGUACAGAAAAAGAAAGGUGGCAAACCAAAGGAUCUACAAAAACCAGUUUUAUUUACCAUGGCAUUUUGUAACGAGGGAAUGUACGCAGCUGGAAGUGAGGGCAUUUUAUUCUUUUAUCACAUCAAAGAUCUGCAGUAUGAGAUGAAAAUCUGUGCUGAUAUCUUAAAACCCAUAUCCAGCCUCAUAUUCUGUCCUGAUUACACCAUACUUCUGCUUGUCACUGAACAGGGGACAGUCUAUACUUACAAACCUGCCCACAGUGGAGAAGCUGUCAAACUCUUGGACGCAUGCAGCAGUUGUUUUCUGGCAGCUGAUUUUCUUACUCCAGGGAACAAGUACUGUGUGUCUGUAACAAUUUCAGGUGAAGUACAAGUUUGGUUCCUGGAAGAUGGAACUUGCCUCAGCAAGCUAAACCUUGAUAUUGAGGCAACGGCUAUGGCUUGCUGUCCCUCCUCCAACAGUGUUGCUGUAGGGACCAAAAGAGGUCAAAUCUAUUUCCUUGAUGUUACCAAAGUUGAAGCUCCACGGGUUGUUCACAGAAUUUUUCCUUCCAAAUUUCCAGUGCUGUCUUUGCAUUAUGAUCAGAGUGGCCAGUUCCUCAUCGCUAGAGCUACAGAAGGACAUAUCUUUGUUCUAGAUGCCCGGCCUUCAAAAUUAUUCCAAGUUCUUGGAUAUGUAGUGUUGGCAGAUGAGGUGCUGGAUCUUUCUGUAGUUUCUGAUUUCAAGAAUGACUUAGUUGAAGUGGUUGUACUUCUUAAUGUAGCAGAGGUCCAGCGAGCAAGACUGGAAAUUUUUUGUCUAUCUUCAGCACUCACAACGGAUAAUGAUAAGUAUGUUAAUGAACAAGGAAUGCUUAACGCUAGUGCCAUUAAAAAGGAGCAAUAUGAUCUGGAUUACCCUUUGAGCUCAGCAGUCAGAUUGAAGGAUAACAUUGUGUAUGGCUACUGUACCUGUGCACCUUUCAUCUGUAAAUACCAUCUCUCUGAAGAGAACAUGUUGGAAGAUCCAUCAGUAUUUUUGUCAGAAAAGAGGACUCCUAGCAAUCAGUUUGGAUCAGGUUUCCUCUGUUUAUCACCCAACAGCCGAUGGCUGGCGUCAGCAGCAAAGGAUGGUGUUUUGUUCAUCUAUCAUACUUUUACUAUGGAUAUACUUGCAGAAAAGCAUUGUCACUCAUAUCAAGGAGGGGGAAUCAGAUCCGUGGUAUUUUCGCUGGAUGGCAAAUUCAUCCUCGUUAAUGGUGAAAAUGAUGGUGCCCUGGUGUGUCUGAAAUGGAAGAAGAUAAAGAAAAUUGAAGUUAAGGAAGCUGCUUUUCACUGGCGAUCUCUUCUUGCUAUACUGAACAAGUCUACUUCGAAUGAAAAUGUUGUUUUAAAAUCUAUGGCAGAAUGGCAGUUUGACCCAGAAUCCACAUCGGAAUCACUUCCAGAAGAGAAAUUUAAGGAGGUACCACUUAAAUCUUCCAAUGUAGAGCUGACAGAAGAAGAUGGAAAUGUCACCAGUGUGUAUUCAGCCAGUACCAAUGACAUGACAUGGAUAGGUCAGAAAGUAAAGAAGGUCAUUAGAGAAGAGACUCAGAGGUUUGCUAACCAGAAGAAAGAGCUGCAAAUGGGAAUUAAAAAGCUGCGUAAAACUAUUCAGAAAAUGAUGCAUGAAAAUGAACAGGUGCCAGACAUUGAGAAACUGGAGCAGGAGGAGUUCAACCUGGAUAUAGAGGAACAGGAAAGAGCACAAGCAGAGGCUGAACAAGAAGUGGCCAGGGUGAGGAAGAAGAUUGAGAUGGAGAAUUUAGCCAACCGCUAUUUGCAGGAUGUCAUCAAACAUGGGUGCUGGGAUGCUAUGUGUGUAAAAGGACGUGCAGUUAAGUGCUUCCAUAUGGAUGGUGAAGUGAAGAAUUAUCCACUGAAGGAACGUAGUGAAGAAGAGCUGGAAACUUUGGAGAAAGUUCUCCGGUUAAAGAAGAUUGAGACAGCUGAUCUUAAGGUUCAGAAGAAAAAUCUUGAGAUUGAGUCUGAGAUUGUAUUAUCUAAGGAAGAAGGAAAGAAGGCAGAAGAAGUAACAGCUGAUGAUACUGCAUCUUACUGCCUGAUUGGAAGUCUGAGCUCUCAGUAUGGUGGCGACACAUCUAUCCUAUACCACCAAUGGGACUUGCACACCAGGGAGCAGAAAGUCAAUCAGAUAGUAUUAUUGAAGGACAUCAUUUACAAAGUGAAAACUGCUUUUAAUAAGGAAUUUGACAUAGUUGCGCGACAAAAGGAGCAGGAGAUAGCACGAGUGAAAGAAAGAAACCUGAGGAUCCGAGAAAUCUUGGCACAACUUGACCUCCAAGUGAAAGUGUGGGAGCCAGCUCUUACAGAUGAUGAGAUACCAGAGCGAGCGCUCACUGUUCAGGAUUCAGAGAUUAAAGUUGAAAAAUACUUGACUCAAGAAGAGAGAGAGAAAGCAGAAAUGCUGGCUGAGCUUGAAAUAGAAAGAUGUCUUGCUGCUAUGGACAAUGAAAGACUGCGUGCUCUUAAUGACAUGAUGGGUGGAGUGCUAGAAGUCAAAAAGGAAGACAUCUUGAAAAUGGAUAUUCCUCCACCUCCUUUUAUAUCCAAGCCUGAGCAUGUUUGGAAUGAUGAAGAAAAGAAAAUAUUUAGAGAACAUGAGAAAAAAGUCAAGAAGCUGAGUGAAGAAAAAGAAAAGUAUAGAAGGGCACUGGAAAAUGAAUUGAAGAAACUUGAAGCUUCCAUCCAGGAAACAACACAAAAUUUUGAUCAGAUUGUGUGCAAACUCUCUGAAAGGAAAGUGAAAUUAGAGAUGGUCAUCUAUCAGGAAGAACUCAAAAUAGUCAAUCUUGUUUAUGCUUUAAUGUUGAAUGAAGAGUUGGACACUAGAGAAGCUGGACUUCAUAAUUUCCUUAUGAAAAAGGAGAAAGAAAAAGUCAAGACUGCAAGAACAAUCCAGACUACUAAAAAUAAAAUUGAAGCUUACAUAGACACCUAUGAAAAUGCAAAAGCUGAAGAGAAGAAUCUGGAAUGUGGUUUUACAAAGGAGUUUGCUGACGUACCUGCCAAUCUCCUUGAUGAACUUUUCCAACUUUACAAACAUCGACCAAAAGACAACCAACUCCUUGACACCGCUAACCCGUAUGGGGACAGUUCAGGCUCAGCUGAAGAUUACAAAGGUGCACUUACCCUUUUAAUGAAAGCCAUGGAUGAACUGGAUAGUCCUGAGCACAUGCCUAAUGGCUUAGACGCAUCUAUAUGGGAACAUUUUUGUCUAGCUAGACGAAAUAAAAUGGAGAGUGAGGAGCUGGUGAAAUGGAAAGCCCUAACACUGGCAGAGAUGCAGGCCUUUCUCCAGAGACGAAUGGAUGACAAUGAGAAGAUUAAGUCAGAAAUAGAAGACAUUUUCCAAGAACUCACUUGGCUGCAGGAGGAGAAGAUGAAACUUCAGUUGAAUUUGACUGUCCAGUUUUUGCUCAGACAAGGACAGGUGGAAUUGGAAAGUACUGAGAUCCCAGACUACACUGAUGCCAUUCUCAUUAAUAAGAGUGUUGUUGAAGAACUGAAUUGCUCUAUCAUGGCUCAAGGAGAAAAAAAAAUUGCUAGCAUGGUGGAAUGUAAAGACUUCUCUAAAGGGAUAUUUCAGCUGGAAUGGGAACACAAGAAAAUGAGAAUGCAGAUAGAAGAUCUGAAACAGAAGGCUCGGGAUAUUGUAACACUACCCAUUUCAAAAGAUCGCCAGCUAUUCCUAACUGUGCUGAACUACGACAGCCACAUCGCCCACCGCGUUUCAGUGAUGGAGCAGGCUCUCGGCAUCAUGGAUAAGCUGCACAAGAAGAAUGUGAAGAACCGUCAGAAAAGAAUUAAAGAGUUGGAGAGGUGCAUCAGUUUAAAAGAGCGAGCAAACUACGAGCUCAGCCUGGAGCUGAAAGAAAUGCUUGUCUCUGUUUCAGAAAGGAGGCAUAUCUUUGAGGCAGCCGACACACAGCAUGUUUCCGAAAAGAUUGCAAAGCAGCGUUACCGAGAGAUUUUGAAGCAGAAACACCUACAGGGUCUUGUAAAGGAACAGGAAGAACAGUUUGAAAUUCUUCAGGCAGAAGUUGAAAGACUGAGAUCAAGAACGUUCCCUCUCCUUUAA